AUGACUGAAGACAACAGCGGCGUCAGAGACAAUGUCCUUGAAUAUCUUGAUCGAAUUGCCAAUUACACCGGCACGGACCUUUUCGUCCUCAACCCUACCCCCCAAGACCAAGAAAGUGUCAGUGCUAGCUUCGGCAAUGGAACGAGCAUGAGAUUCGAUAACAGACUGCGGGUUGCCAUCUACGGUGACCCGGAAAGCUCAGAGCAUGCGAAGACCCGUGUCUUACUUAUGAUUGACCAGAUUGUGAGUAAUGUCGUCCUUGUAAGGAAAGCCCACAAGCUGACGCUCUUAGCUUUCACGCACCCUCACUAUCUGCGGUCGCCUACGGAAACAUGUCCGCAGUAUCGAGGCCCACACGAACACGGCGAUCUAUUUCCCCCACCAUUUCCGAAGAUCUAUGGUUAUACACCUCCGAAUGUCAACAAGCGAGGAGAAGAUGAGCUAUACAUUACGGGCGAAAACACCCAUAACGUAGAGAUGGCCAAGAAGAGCUUGCGUGAACUGGUCCUACAAACAAAAUGUUUCAUCAAAGACGUCAUGGUUUCAGCACACAAGAUUGAUAGCAUCUUACUGGAUCGAUUAGACAAAGUCCGCAAGAUCAUGGAAACAAACGGUACAUACGUGCUCAUCCCCCAAUUGGGUAGCCAGCGUGGCGCGAUAAGAGUUCAAGGAACAGAGAUUCUACAUGUUGAGCGCACGAUACGAGAAAUCAUGGCUUUGGCCGGUCAAUUUUACAGUGCCUCGUGGCAUCUUAUGGACCCAGUGUCUACGGGUGGCUCCACUAUGCGAUCUCCACAGCCAGCAGAAAUCCGUACCAUGCUGUCUGAUAUAUGCACCAAUUCAGGUACGGAGAUCAGUUUCGACAAGCUGACUUUCGCCAUAAAUGGCUCCGAUGAUGCAGUGAAGGCUGCCAUGAUGGUGAUCCAGCAGAUCCCAUUUGUCAAACGCGCCCAGUGCCACAUUCGGGUCAAGAUCGAGCUUGCAAACGAGCACAAAGAAUUUGUCAGUGGAAAGAAGAAUGGCAAGAUCAACAAAAUCAUGGGGCAGAGCAAUGUGCAAAUUAUUUUCGACGGCUUCAAUGAGUACAACUUCUACAUUGACGUGUGUGGCUCUCAGUACAAUGCAACAAAAAGCGGGCUGGAGUUGGUGGAACAAGAGAUGCCUGCUUCAAUCUCAUUUCACGUCCCUGAUCAAUACCACAAGCGAAUCAUCGGCAUUGGAGGCCAACACAUCCAACGAAUUAUGAAACGGUACUCCGUCUUCGUCAAAUUUUCGAAUGCAAUGGAUCGUGGAGCGGCUGGAAAAGAAGACGACGAUAUCAAGAUUGACAAUGUCAUUUGCCGGACACCAGCUCGCAACGCUCAGGCUCUAGAGUUGGUCAAGCAGGAGAUCAUGGACAUGGUUGAGAAAGUGGUCAGUAACCCUGAUGAAUAUCCAGAAGAAGGCGAUGAGGAUGCAAUGCAGCAAGAGACCCCUUCUCCUUAG